AUGGAUAAGCUCCCGAUCCACAAUGAAGUUGUGGUCGCGCGCUUUCGGCCCCGAACGCGUUGGAAUUUCAAGUAUCUCAGCUUACUCUGCGUUUGUGGCGUCUAUGUUGCGGCUCAAUGGUCACGAUCCAUCUCUCGUACUGUUUUCGUUGACGAUGAAUCUGCUUCCUUGCCUGCGCACGCACGAGAAGCGCUGUACAAAUGCAAGAUGCUCAGUGUAAAACCAGGACCACCUGAUGAUUUCUACCAGAGGUCCCAGUCAGACCGCUUCGUCGAGGGAACACCUCCAACUCUGCUCCGCAAUGCAUCUGUCUGGACCGGAGACUCCCCCGGAUAUGAACUGCGCGGUGUUGAUAUCCUUUUGGAUAAGGGUAUCAUCAAGUUCGUGGGGCGGGCGGACCAGGGAUCGCUAUAUGGAUACAAUCAUCUUGUCACUGUCGACGUGGGUGGAAGUUGGGUGACACCUGGGAUCGUUGAUAUGCAUUCUCAUCUAGGCGUUGAUAGCGCUCCGUCCCUUGCUGGCGCUAGUGACACCAAUUCUCUUAAAGGUCCGAUUUUACCGUGGUUGCGCAGUCUGGAUGGAUUGAACACACAUGACGAUGCAUACCGUUUAUCUAUAUCUGGAGGAGUCACUACUGCCAACGUUUUACCGGGUUCAGCCAAUGCCAUCGGUGGUCAAGCUUUCGUCAUCAAGCUCCGCCCCACUGCUGAACGCUCACCAUCAUCUAUGCUGCUCGAACCACCCUAUAUCAUUAAUGAUACCCGUUUUGAUCCAAGCCUGCCUCCCCGCUGGAGACAGAUGAAGCACGCUUGUGGGGAAAAUCCAGGUCGUGUCUACGGUAACACUCGCAUGGAUACUUUUUGGGCUUUCCGUCAAGCAUACGAUGAAGCUAGAAAGAUUAAGGAGAAACAAGAUGACUACUGCGCGAAGGUUGUUACUGACCAGUGGAAAGGCCUUGGAGACUUCCCCGAAGAUUUGCGACUGGAGGCUUUGGUUGAUGUCCUGCGAGGCAGAGUGAAGGUCCAUACCCACUGCUACGAGGCUGUCGAUUUAGAUGACUUUGUUAGACUUACGAACGAAUUUCAAUUUCCACUGGCUGCCUUCCACCACGCCCAUGAAGCCUAUCUCGUUCCAGAAACAUUAAAGCGGGCAUAUGGGAACACGCCAGCUAUUGCCGUGUUCGCAACUAACGCUCGUUACAAGCGCGAGGCAUACAGAGGUUCCGAAUUUGCUCCACGUAUCCUGGCUGAAAAUGGCAUCGAUGUAGUAAUGAAGAGCGAUCACCCGGUAUUGAAUUCUCGUUACUUGCUGUAUGAGGCACAGCAAGCCCAUUAUUAUGGAUUAUCCCCCGAUCUAGCUCUUUCUUCCAUCACUUCCGUGCCAGCAAGGGUUCUUGGCUUGGAUCACCGUAUCGGCUUCAUCCGUGAAGGCUAUGAUGCAGAUAUAGUUAUAUGGGAUAGUCAUCCACUGGCCAUCGGAGCGACUCCUAUACAAGUUUGGAUAGAUGGAAUCUCUCAACUACACAAUCCAUACGUUUCUGCGAAGCCAUCGACCCUCCAAAGUGCUCCAUCUACACCGAAUUUUGACAAGGAGGCCGCUGCAGCCGUUAAAUAUGACGGCCUCCCGCCCCUGUCAACUGCCUCACCUACGACUAAUGUAAUUGUGUUUACCAACGUCGGAAGCGUGUUUAGCAAGAUCGGCACGGAAAUCCAGCAGGUAUUCUCGGCUUCCGAUGCCGGUCGUGGUGUAGCCAUCGUGAAAGCGGGAGAACUGUUGUGCUACGGCGCGCACGCUGCCUGUGUCAACCAUAUUACCUCAAAUGAAAUGGAGUGGUCUGAUUUGGACGGCGGGUCGAUCUCUCCGGCCCUGGUGUCAUACGGGUCCCCUUUGGGCUUGGAAGAAAUUCACGGUGAGAAGUCGACUCGUGAUGGUGUAGUCCUCGAUCCACUGGCGCACCAGAUCCCCGAUGUUUUAGAGGGGGAUGAAGUUAUCAGAGCUGUUGACGGGCUACUUUUUGCCACUCGCGAUGCUCUGCUUGCCUACCGUGCUGGUGUAACUUCUGCCGUGACAGCUCCUACCUCCAAAGGCCUUGUCGCUGGGUUAAGCACCGUUUUCUCAACUAGUGCUGCACACGGGCUGCAGGCCGGGGCUGUUAUUGAGGAUGUUGCUGCUCUUCAUGUUAGUGUCAGUCACCGGUGGUCAGGUUCACCUAGCGUGAGCACUCAAGUUACGGCCCUCCGCAAUCUCUUGCUACAUAGCAAUGAGGGAACACCCUUCAACCUCGCUGCCAAGGGAAAAAUUCCUCUUGUCAUUGAAGCGGAGAACGCCGACAUUAUUGCAACUCUACUCAAGUUGAAAGCAGAAGUCGACACCCACACGGGUUCUAGUAUCAGAUUGACGAUUUCAGGCGCAGCGGAGGCACAUAUACUCUCCAAAGAACUUGCAGCGGCUAACGUUGGUGUAAUCGUGUCGCCUUCAAGACCAUUCCCAGAAGAGUGGCAGAGUCGACGCAUCCUUCCCGGCCCUCCCUUGACUUACGACAGUGCGAUCAGCACCUUGCUAGACCAUGGCGUGACGGUCGGCAUUGGUAUCUUGGAACCUUGGAGUGCUCGAAGCACGCGCUUUGACAUUGCAUGGGCGGCUCUUGAGAGUGACGGUAAAAUAUCCGAAGCUCAGGCUCUCGCUCUCGCUUCCACCAAUCUUGAGAAGCUACUGGGUGCUUCUGCUCAAGGAGAUCUGGUUGUGACUCGCGGUGGAACUAUUCUUGACUUCGAAGCGAAGGUUGUCGGCAUCAUCUCACCGCGCAGAGGCCUAUUCGAGUGGAUAUAACCACAGAGCAGAUAGCAGACAACAGUAUUACACAACGAGAGUAGCUUAUAUUUAACACUGCGCGGUUACUCAACCGGCACCAGAGUUUGCUUGAUGUAGUCGCGGAUCAUAGGCAAGGCCUUUAUCAUAGUUUUGAUCGGUUUCACCUCAUCUAAACCACAUGGUAAGCAAGGAAAGGAGAGAGAAUGUGCGUGCAUACCAAUCCUCAUGACACGUCCAUGUCGCUUGAGGAUCUUGUUGUCCGGUGCGAACGCUGGAUGUUGAGGAUGCACAAUAACAAUCGAGUUCUGUGCAUAGUUAGGUGUGUGCCUUACAGUUAGUACUUUCAUCUAACCUUCGCGUACCAAGCUUUCAGUUCGUUGGAGUCCUUUGGUAUCAGAGGUAUUUUUGCUGUUCCAACGACUUGCACAACCAGAUUCACAUAUUUAAUCAUGUUCGCGGCUGUCCCAGUAGUCUAUGUCAAAAAAAUUCAGAGGUGGUAUCACUGAUUUC